AGAAUUGUCUCGCUCGUUACAGAGCAGUCAAAAAUGUAGUUCAAAGCAUCAUUCUUAGAAAAUCGAAAACGAAUUGUUUUCUUUUAUAAAAUAAGAAGAAUAUGAAUGGUCAACUUCAAUCCUCGCGGGAGAGGUUAGGAGCCUUCAGUGGUGGAACCAGUUGGUUUUCGGGUUUUGCAACACCAACACAUACGGUACCACCGCAAAAGGUAUCGCCGAUAUCAAUCGAGGAUUCCACAAAAGAUGCAGAAGUUGACAGUAAAGUUAAGACAAAGCUAUUGUCUAUGUGGUACAACGUGAAGUAUGGCUGGACCGUUAAGAUGAAAACAAACUUUUCAAAAGAAUCCCCCGUCUGGCUUCUCGGUUCCUGUUACCACAAACGAUUAGAAGAAUCUCCUGAAAGAGCCGUAGAAGCUGUUGGCUUAGAUAUGGAUACCGGGAGUAACGUAUCCCUGGCAGGAGACGCAACGACCUUAGAGCAGGGUAUGGACGGCUUCCGACGGGAUUUCAUGUCUCGUUUAUGGCUGACGUACCGCAAAGAGUUUCCGAUCCUAAAUGGCUCAAAUUUCACCACCGACUGUGGCUGGGGGUGUAUGUUAAGAAGCGGUCAAAUGAUGUUAGCACAGGCAUUAGUUUGCCAUUUUUUGGGAAGAGAAUGGAGAUGGCGACCAGGCGAGGCUAUCGACUCGGUUCAACAAUUUCACGAAGAUUCGUUGCACAGAAUGAUCAUUAAAUGGUUGGGCGAUCAGCCAGCGUCUUUGUCUCCUCUUUCCAUACACGCUUUGGUAUCACUUGGUACAGCUUCCGGUAAAAAAGCUGGUGACUGGUACGGACCUUCAUCGGUGGCACAUCUUCUAAAGCAGGCGGUCGAACGUGCAGCAAUCCGUCACGUUGAAUUCGAUCAGCUUGCAGUUUAUGUUGCUCAGGACUGCGCGGUUUACUUGGAUGACGUUAAGAAAGCCUGUCUGAAGCCCGAUGGAAGUUGGAGGUCGUUAGUUUUGUUGGUUCCCCUGAGAUUGGGUGUCGACAAAAUGAAUUCUAGCUACGCUCCUUGUUUAACAGCUCUGCUGAGCCUGGACGACUGCAUCGGAAUGAUCGGUGGGCGCCCUCGACAUUCUUUGUACUUUGUUGGGUAUCAGGAGGACAAAUUGAUCCACCUAGAUCCCCAUUAUUGUCAAGAAACAGUUGACGUUUGGAAGCGAAAUUUUUCGCUCGACAGUUUUCACUGUACAUCACCGAGAAAGAUGCUGCUAUCUAAAAUGGACCCGAGUUGUUGCGUAGGCUUCUAUCUCCGCGAUAAACCCGCGUUUGAUAGUUUUGUCAAGAUUGUUGAGCCCUUUUUGAUACCACCUAAUCAGAAGGUCGAUUAUCCGAUGUUCCUGUUCAGCGAAGGAAGCGGAGCUGAUGUUCAGUUUGGAAUGACUAAUCGGCGGAGUCUUCUAUCAUCGAUUCAUGCAUCCGAUGACACGGACAAAAUCACCGAUGACGAAAGUCAUUACGAGUGUGAAGAGUUCGAGUUAUGCGAGUGGUAGUAUAAAUUAGGUAAAUCAGAAAAAAAAAAAAAUACACCGUCGUCGUCGAAGAUAGGUCAAAACGACGGCAAUCAUUUAGGGAAAAUUAUGUAUAUAAUAUAUAACACACUCACUAUAUAACUAUACGUUUGCCUACUUAACAAAAAGUACUUAAAAGAAUGUCAGGUGUAGCUAAAGCAGCUGGCAAUAUAAAAUAACGCCGCGAUAUUCCUAUUAGAGGACUCAAGACUUAACUAUUAAUUAUUAAUAGUUGCGAUCAAUAGUACGAAAGCGUAAUAUUCAAUUAAAAAUCUACCACAAUCAGAAGACAAAAUCUAACAGACAAAAAAUAUUUCAUCGUAAUUUGCCGUCUAAAUUAAGGGAGGAGAACAUUUUACGUACCCUAUUUCUACACAACUGCAAAGCUCUCUUUUCCUUUCUUUUAAAUUUCUCCACGUUUUUCGCGCGUUUGGUACUAUCGGCGGUAAUUGCGUAUACUUAUUAUCGUCGAAUUUUGAGACGACUUAAAUUAUUUAUUUAUUGAAAGUAUCUAGCUAGUUUGGGCACGUUCGAGUAAAAUCUUUUAAAAAUCAAAUAACCUAAAUGAAGAUAUAAAAAUUAUAUGUUUCGAGUACGGGCCCACUAGGCUGUGUCUAAUGUGUUCAUUAAUUAUUUCUCUUCUUUCUUCUCAUCUUCAUUCUAGGUAUAAAAAAAAUCUCGAAUCUCCGUCACAUCACUUCAUCAUCCUUAUUAUCUCUAGAGUAGAUCGUACAACACAAAAAUAAUUGAAAAAUCCAAAAAAACACGUACUGAUGUAGAUUUUUAAGAUCCUUAGUUUAGUGUGAAAAUUUGUUUUUAGUCACUGCCCGUUAAUAUUUUAUUAACUUAAGAGAAGAUAUAUUCGUGAUUUACUUUUUCAUAUUUAUUUAUAAAUAAUGAGAAUUUUUUUUUUUAAAACUAUCUACUCGUACGUGCCUAGUUUUAGAUAAGUUUUGAACAUUAUCUAUCAUUAUUAUUUAGUAUAUCACAGGUAAAUCUAUAUUCCAAAAGUUGUAAGGAGACGAAGAGAAUAAGAAAAAUCGAAAUUAAUUGAUCGAUAGGUAUUAUGAAAAAAACACACUUGCAGUUUUCAGUGUGAGGAAACUUUUCGCACACAAAAUCGAUCCUAUUAUAAUACGAUUCUUUGUGAAUAAUGUUUAUCGUGACGUUUGUCCAGAAAAUAAAUCCGAUAUAUACAUGAGAA